CAAUCGGACUCCAAUAUUAAAACUUUCUACUUUCAUAAACCAAAUCAGAUAGUAUCUUCCCUUUGAGCAAUUGUACCCAUACAGGUUCUCUUUCUUCUGAAAAAGUUCAGAUUCAGUAGAGGCAAGAUGGUGUCAAGAACAGUUGCCAAAGACAUCAUCACUCUGCGAGGCUCAGCAGCCAUCGUAAGCGAGUUUUUUGGAUAUGCAGCAAAUAGCAUUCUUUACAAUCGAGGAGUUUAUCCUGAAGAAAGUUUUGUGAAGGUGAAGAAAUAUGGGCUUCCUAUGUUACUCACUCAAGAUGAUGGUGUCAAAUCCUUCAUUUCCAACUUAAAUGCUCAACUUUCAGAAUGGCUGGAAGCUGGGAAAUUACAGAGGGUUGUUCUGGUAAUCAUGAGUAAGGCUACCGGUGAGGUCUUAGAGAGGUGGAAUUUCAGCAUUGAGACAGACAACGAGGUUGUUGAAAAAGGAGUGUCAAGGGAGAAGAGUGACAAAGAAAUCAUGCGAGAAAUACAAGCAAUCAUGAGGCAGAUUGCCUCAAGUAUUACUUACUUGCCAUGUCUUGAUGAACCUUGUGUGUUUGAUGUGUUGGCAUACACGGAUAAAGAUGUUGCUGUGCCAUUCACUUGGAUUGAGAGUGACGCCAAACUGAUUGCGAAUCCGCAAAUGGUGAAACUACACUCUUUUGAUACCAAGAUACACAAAGUUGACACUCUUGUAUCAUACAAGAAUGAUGAUGAAUGGGAGGAGCAGUAAGAGACCCUUAUAGAGUCUUGGUUCAAGCCAGAGUGUGAUUUGUCACCCUUCAUUGCUCCUGCAAUUUCUUUUUCUUCUCUUAUCCAUUUGAGUGUAAUCUGUGAAUCCCAUUCACAUUUUGUGACUUGCAAUGUUUGAUAAGCAGCAUCCUUUUUCAUGGUUUAUCAAAUGUAUAAAUGAUGACAUUCUGCAGAGAAAAGAAACCCUCCAAUUUGUC